UCUUUCCAGAAUCCACCAUUAGCAGCUGAUAUUGCACCGAGCACUCAAAAUGAAAGUCUGCAAAAAUCAUCGACAGAUUUAGAUGAUUCAUCAAUCGUUAAUGCCGCAGAAAGUAAUGAUACAUCAUUAAUUGAUGACAACAAACCAUUAAUAGAUAAACAUCAGCCAGCCUCUAAACGAGGUAGAGGUAGAAAUAAAAAAUAUUCCAACACAGAUGCUGAUAGCAAUCACAAUACUACCACAAACGAAUUACCCCUAGUUGAACGUCACAGUUCUCCACAAAACACAGAACGUAAAUUGACACGUAAACGAAAGAAUCCUGCAGAUGAUGAAAUUGAAUUGGCAGGACUACUCAAUAAAUCAGAAGAUGAAGAGGGUAAGCGCACGAGACGUAGUGAACGUUUGUGCAAUCGUUUGGAUGGCUUCAAAAUAUUCGAUGAGGAAAAGGAGCCAUCGGAUGACAAUAACAAAAAUCAUGAAAGCAAUGAAUCACCUACAAGAAAGACUUUAAGAUUAGCGCUAGAUGAGAAGACACCUCCGAAAAAGCGAGGACGUAAAGCUAAAGUACAAUUGGAAACUGAGAAAAUGCAGCAAGAUAAUAAUGAACAAAAUUCAUCCUCUACUACAGCAGCCACAACUAAUUACAAAAAACACAACUCAGAAGCGGCUGUCAUUUUACCCAAACGUUCGCAGAGACGCAUAAAACCAACAACAAAGAUUUUAGAAAAUGAUGAACUUCGUUAUGAAUUUGAAACUAAAAAUAUUGUUCGAAUGACAGCCCAGAAUUGGAGUUCCUCCGAGCACCAGCAACAAAAUGACUCUACUACACCUACACAUCAAAUAGUCUCACAAAGUGAACAUAAUACAACCACAAACUCCAAGCAGAAAAGUGAAAAAUCAGAUAAUAGUAAUGACAGCCAUCCCACGGGCACUAGUAAUAUCAAAAAGAAGCUUUUUCCCUGCCCUGAUAUAAAAAAGUUUCUGCAGGAAAUCAAAUCAGGAAAAUGGAAUCAAAAUCGUUCACCCGAAGAUAAAAAGUUAAGCAAGAAACAGCAGCGCAAACUGAAUAAGCAAAAAGAGAAAUAUUUCGAAAGAAUGGGCCUAAGGCGUAAUGUCAGCAAUGAGUCUAGUGACAAUGAUAGUUUAAGUGACAAUGCUGAAUUCGUGCCGACCACUCGUGUACAGGUGGGCAAACCUAGUGUGACUUUAAGAGGACGUAAAGAUACGACUACUACACAGCCUGCAACAGCAGCUGCCACUACUACACAAAGAUCGGUUUCCUCUUCAUCAACACCUCCACAAACAAGACGCAAUCAAAAGCAGAAAACUAUCUCUACUAAUGCCGACAAGGUGGUAGAAUUGAAAUCUUUAAAUGCCUCAGUAGUGGCGGAGAAUAUAUCAGCCACUACGCCUACACCAUCAACUACCGCGCAGAAUACCUCCUCAAAUGCCUCAACUUCUUUAACGGUGCCAGAAACUUCAUCAAAAACUAAAUUUGAUUGUUUAUGUCAUGUCACCUCUAACUACUGUACGCCCAUGAUAAAGGAAACACAAUAUUGUUGGGCUAUCGAUAAUAUAGAUGAAGAAAAAGUAGGCUGUUCUCAUCAACUUACGGGCGAAGUAUUAAAUUUGUUUAGAGCCAGUCAGAGGUCGGUAUAUAUGGUCUUGUGUGAGGAGCAUCAGAAGAGACUUAAGGCUCAUAAUUCUUGUCCGGCGUGUGGUAUCUUUUGUACGCAGGGCAAAUUUAUCUUGUGCAAACAGAAGCACUUCUUUCACGCAGCAUGUGCUCAACGCAUUGUUCUUAGCUCUAAAUAUGAUCCGCAACAACCUGCCUCGAAAAAUGCUAGUCGUACUUUGGUACUAAAGUGUCCACACUGUGGCCUAGACACACCCGAACGCACCUCUACCAUUACUAUGAAAACACAAACUGUGCCCAUAUUCCAGGCAACACAAAAGCCUCUGAUGCCCUCAAUAGUCCCUGCCAGCAAUACUGCUACAAAUUCCUCGCUUACUCCCCUAGGCAGUGUAAAUAGUCCGGCUUCUGUGAGCUGGUCGACAAGCGUUAUACGUCCCUACGUUAAUAUUAACUAUGAUAAACUUAUACCCGAAUCCGUUAUGAAUGUGGUAAACGCUCGAGGACGAACCUUACAAACACACAAUCAGGCAACAGAAUUUACCACCAAAGAUAUGUAUUAUGCAAUAAAGAAUGAUGAUUUGGAAAGGGUAGCGGAAAUAUUGGCUUCAAAUUACGAUGUUACAACCUGCAUGCGUGAAUUUUAUCAUGGCACCUGUUUGCAUUUAGUGGCCCAUUAUGGCACCAUACAAAUGGCCUAUUUAUUGCUGUGCCAGGGUGUGGGCUCAGAUUUUAUUAAUAUGAUGGAUCGUGAGCUCCGCACUGCCAUUAUGUGUGCUGUUAAAGAGGAAAAGUGUAAUAUUGUUAAUCUUUUCUUACAAAAUCGGGCUGACUUGGCUUUAAGGGGUCCUGAUGGUCAUACUGUUCUGCAUAUAGCAGCACGUACUGGUAACUUGGAAAUCCUUAAGCUAAUUGUUCAUAGCUAUAAGGCCAGUAAGGAUGUAUCACAAUUUUUGAGUUUUAUUAAUGCUCAAGAUGAUGGUGGUUGGACAGCCAUGGUUUGGGCCGCUGAAUUGGGUCAUACGGAUAUCGUAAGCUUACUUUUGCAACAAGGCGCUGAUCCCAAUAUCUGCGAUAAUGACAAUAAUACAGUGCUACAUUGGGCAGCAUUACAGAAUCAUGACUUGGAUACAAUAACAGUAUUACUAAAGGCGGGCAUUAAUUGUAAUAUACAAAAUGUGGAGGGUGAAACGCCAUUACACAUUGCCUGCCGUUUAUCGAGUAAAAAACUCUGCCUUUUACUUAUUUUCAAUGGUGCCGACCUAAUGCUGCGCAAUCGUUCCGAUGAACUACCCUUUGACUGCAUACCCGACGAACAUUCGGAUUGUGCUCGUCAUGUCGGCUUUCAAAUGGAAAUGCAUGCUUUACAUCGUCGACGUUCGAACAUUGUUUGUGGUGACAUCAGUAAUGGUCGAGAAUUAUGCCCCAUUCAAGCUUUACGCAAUGAAAACAACGUUAUGCCAGUAGAAGAGUCUGAUCAAUUAAUGUUACCGGAUUUUCGUUAUAUAACCGAUACUAUAAUAUUACAGAAUUCGGUACAAAUUGAUCAGAGGGUAUCACAAAUGCGUAUUUGUAAUUGUAGUGAUGGAUGUACCACCGAUAGCUGCCAAUGUACGGGAGCCUCGGAUCGCAGCUGGUAUACAGCCGAGGGUCGUCUUAGUGCUGAUUUUAACUUUGAAGAUCCGGCUGUUCUAUUCGAAUGUAAUGAUGUGUGCAAUUGCAAUAAGCGUUUUUGCAAAAAUCGUGUAGUACAAAAUGGCAUAACCAUACCACUGCAGGUAAUUGAAUGUGAGGACUCCUCUAAAGGCUGGGGUGUACGCACCAUGGUUCAUAUACCCAAGGGCAGUUUUGUAGCUGUUUAUACGGGAGAAGUUCUAACAGAAAUGGAGGCUGAUCGUCGUACCGAUGAUUCUUACUUUUUCGAUUUGGGUCAUAAUCAUUGUAUCGAUGCUAACUAUUAUGGCAAUGUUAGUCGUUUCUUUAAUCAUUCAUGUGAACCUAAUAUUGUACCCGUUAGGGUAUUUUAUCAACAUCAAGAUUAUCGCUUUCCAAAAAUAUCAUUCUUUACCUGUCGUGAUAUAGAAGUGGGAGAAGAAAUUUGCUUUGAUUAUGGCGAUAAAUUUUGGUCGAUUAAGAAUCGUUAUUUCACCUGCAAAUGUCAGUCCACCUCCUGUCGUUACUCCAGUCUAAUGGUGGAAAAUGGUGAAGAAGAAAUGGAGGAUCAAGAAAUACCUUUAAACUCUAAUAAUGAUACUUCUCCUACCUUAACUAUAACAUCUACUACGAAUUCCUCUAACAUUUCCCAUUUAAGCAACAACUCUAUACAACAGCAGCAGCAACAACAACAACAGCAAAUAAUGCAAGCUGAACUUUUACUACCCAACAACAAUGAACUUUCUAUUAUACCUAUCAAUCCCUCCACUUCAUUGGCCUCAUUACCCUCGAACACUACCAAUGGCACCCCUUAGCUUAUGGACAUACAAAAUUAUUCCAUUAUUAUACUAUAUGAAAGUUAAGUUAACUUUCUGUAAGUCGUUUACUUAAACAUAAUGAUAUACAUACUAACUCCUGUCCCUUUCCACCUUUACUUUAUAGUUAAAGCUUUAGGUGUUUGUAUACAAAAAGAAAAAUCCCAGCUUUUCGUUUUUAAGAUGUUGUAGUUGCUUUUUUUUGUUAAUAAGUUUUUAAUAGUGCAAGUCGUAAAGUGUAUUUUGUUUAUUUAGCUAAUAAGACAAUUGAAACAAAAAGUUAAUCAUGAAAACUUUAAAGCUGAAUACCAAAAUUUUCUUUUUAUACAAUAAAUUUUAUACAAAAUUGAGUAAAAAAGCUUUUUCGUCAAAUAUAAGUUGAAUGUGAGGAAAGAGAAAGUAAAAUUUGCCAAAAAAAAGAAUUUUUUCAAAAAAGCUUUUGACUUAAAAAAGCUUUCUUACCAGAAUGCUUUACAAUAAAAUACUUUUCAAGUGUCCAUUAAAUUAAAGUUAAUUAAACAAGUUUUUC